UCGUCGUUUUUACACUACAACUCACACUCCAAACACUGUUUAUAGCAUAAUAAAGAAGCUGAACUCAGCUCUUAUCUUUCUGAGAUUCUUCUCCCUUCUCUUCUCCACAAUCACUUCUCCUCUGUUUUUUCUGAUCAGGCCCAAUUUAUAUCCCGUGGAGUAUUUCUUGAGAAUCCCCAUAUCUCCCUUUAGCCUUUUUGCUUCCUUUUCUUCAAAAGAAAACUUCAUUUCUUUCUCUUCUGUUUGUUUCUGCAAGAUCCACAAAUGGAUGAUUAUUACUUCAAGAGAAGUGGGCAGAUACCGGCGUUUGGGGACUGGGAAAAUGCGAAUCAGCUGCCAAUUACUCAGUACUUUGAGUCCGCCAGACAAGCUGGGCUGCUCCGUUACAGCUCCUCCUCAGGAGACUCUCAUCCUUACACCGUCCGGGAAGAUUUUUACGCAGUUGAUACCAAGAAAUAUUCCCGAAACCUUGCUGCCGAUCCUCCCAGAAAGGCGAGUAGGGCAAGGAACAGGAGAGGACCGCAAAUCAAGGAGCAGAAAAGGCAAGGGAAGGUAUGCGAUUGUGACGUGACCGCACCGCCACGGAAACAAGCACAUGCCAAGCGAAACACGCAGCAGAUCCAAAACGACGUCGAUGCGCCCAGGAGACUGGGCCCCAGGCCUCCGAAAGCCGUCGACGAAGAUCUUUACAAAAUACCCCCUGAGCUCCUCAACUCCUCCAAACGGAAGAAAAUGCCAGGAUUUUUUGCAUGUUUGGUUCCUGCUUGUGCAUCAUGAAUUGGCUUGGAAGGAAGCUGCUCUGGGCCUUUGGCAAGGAACGUGUGUAUGGAAGAUUUAAUUAUGAGUUUUGUGGCCUACAUUAUGAUCUCCUUUUUAUUUGUUUUAUCCUAUAUAACAAAAAAAAGGUUUUAUAAUGUUUUUGAGUUAAACCAAGCUAUUUACUAUAUGCAUAGCAAGAAUGAGAAUUGAAACGGUUAUUAUAAUAGUAAACGCUUCUCUUCAAU